AUGGAGGAGUCACCUGCCGAGGACCGGAGGCUGCUCUUCAUCGCCGACUUCGUGCUGAAGUCUUUUAAAGUCAAACAGGACAAGUGGCAGAAAUGUGUCUCCGGCGAGGAGAACCGCCAGGUGCUGCAGGACUUCCUGGACAGAGCCGAGCAGCGGAGCCUGGUGGUGUGUUUGACCGUCGGCGGGACGCUCCAGGCCGCCGCCGGUUUCGGCUCCGCGCCGCCCAGAACCAAGGCUGUGUACUUCAUGAAGCGGGGAACCACCGCGCUCACCGCGGAGACCAUGAGGGAGAAGCUGACCUGCGGGGACAUGUCCUCCAACCCGCUGGAGCUCUUCUCCGCCGUGGUUGAGGUGCUGGUCCCGUUGCUCUCUAACAGGAGCAACCACACUGAAUGGCCACAGGUAGUGUCUGAGGAUAUUGUGCCCAACGUCCACUCCCUGAAGAAUCAUGUGUUUGUGAUGUCAGGCCAAGUCCAAGGAAAGACUCUGCUGCCUCUCCCCAUUGACUUUGAGAGAGUGGAGCAAGCCGCCCUGGAGAUGGGCAAAAGGGGAGGAAUUGUGGAAAGGUGCAUUAUCCACUCCUUGGAGUCAGCAGUGAUUGAGUGGAGCCGUCAGAUCUCUGCCUUCCUGAAGAUAGACUCCUCUGGGGCUCUGCUAGAAGGCAAAAACCCCACACCGGACACAGAACUGCUCUUCUGGAAGAACAGAUAUGCAGAUUUGAAGGGUGUCCAUUCCCAGUUAACAUCCUCUAAAGUGAACAAGAUGGGGAAGCUGUUGGAGGCUGCGGAGAGCAGCUAUUUCCCUGCUUAUAGAAACAUGCAGAAGAACGUUUCUGCAGCCUUAGAAGAAGCAAAAGACAUCAGCAUCUACUUGAGUCCCCUCSAGCWCCUGUUUGAGAACCUGGAGAGCAUGGAGUUUCCUGAUGUCAAACGUCAGAUUGGCCCUUUGAUGCACACAGUAUGCCUGGUGUGGGCAAACUCAAGACACUACAACACACCACAGCGCCUCAUCCUUCUGUUACAGGAGACCUGCAACCUCCUCAUACAGCAG